AUGUGGACCAUGAAGAGCUUCAUGAACGACGCCUUCGAGCAUAUUGAGGCUGAGGUCCCCUGCCGUGGCCCACUACAAGCGCUCAACCAUCGCGAGCCGCGAGCCGCGAGAACCAGAUGGCUGUGCAGCCGCUGGUGCCGGGUGAGCUGGCUAGGCACACCGUGGCCGAGGGCACCAAGGCCGUCACCAGGUACACCAGAUCCAAGAGGUCCAUCACCGUCACGCAGAGAGAAAAAACAACGGUCCUUUUCAGGACCACUUCUCACUCGAAAAUCGGACGUCUUGCGACGGCUUCAGACGCCCGUGUCUCUUUUUUCAAUGCAGUACUUGGAAAGAAACAAAAGUUUGCUGCUGCCAAUCCACUCUAUUCCGGAGUCGCAGAAUGAUUGUGGAAUCAUUCAGACUUCAGAGUGGCAACUCCGCAACACUGUUUUCAUGACAUGCAGGUACCACAGCAAGUUUUCUGGCAGCAGAGCAGUCAAGUCUAAAGGUUGCCACGAAUGUCUUCAUGCCGACAAGAUUGGUGGAGAAACCGGAACUGAGAAGUGAAUAAAUGUAUGGAUGAACCAAAGAA